GUUGCUUAUCAAUCGAUACAGUGCGUUACAGUUGCUCAGAUACAAAAUGCAGCUAACACUUAUUGCUCUGCUCUGCUGUCUACUUGGCGCUGCCUUGGCCAUGCCGCAGCCGGAACGUCAGUCCGAACAGUCGAAGCCGAAUGGCGAUGUCUGGAACGAAAGGAAACAGUUUAAUCCGCCCAAUGAGCAGCGUUUCCUGCUGGACGGCGGCUACAACAAGGACAGCACCGGCAAGGAUAUCUGGGCCCAGGCCCAGGCGCCCGUCUGGACCAGCGACAACAAACGCCACGAAUUCGAUGUGGUCGGCAAAUAUGGCCAACAUCUGGGCGGACCCUACGGCGAUAGCCCACCAUCAUAUGGCGUUGGUGGCACCUACAGAUUCAGAUUCUAAAACUUUUAAAUAAAAAUAA